AUGUCCGUAAGCAAGGCGCCCCUCACCAAUGUCCUCAUUUCCGGGGGAACAGGCUUCGUGGGAGCAGCAAUCGCAAGAGCUAUCGCGGAAAAGCAUCCCGAGUGUGCCCUCACGAUCAUAGACCUGAAUCCUCCAGGACCAAAUCACGUCGUGCCGGAUGGUAUCACAUUCAUCCAGGUCGACGUCACCAAUGCAGAUAAAGUCAGCCAGGCCCUCCAGCAAGUCAAACCAGACCUGGUCAUACACACUGCUGGGAUCGUCCCAGCCCUUGCGGAGCGAUUCGCGCGAAGACAGGAGAAACGUGUCUGGAAGAUCAAUGUCGAAGGAACCAGGAACAUGCUGGAGGCCGCGAAGCAGAGCGGAGUGAAGGGCUUCGUUUACACUAGUACUUGCUGCGUCGUCACUGAUAACAUGGAUUCCCCCUACAUCAACAUCAACGAGGAAUGGCCAAUUCCACAGACCUCUCUCAUCUAUGAGGCUCUCGUCCUGAAGGAGUCCUGUGAUAUGUUGGCCACUUGUGCCCUCCGGCCGUCCGUUCUCUGUGGUCCAGGAGACUAUCAAUUAGUCCCCGCAAUACACGCAUGCAUUGCCAAGGGGGAAACUCCCUUCAUCAUUGGGAACGGCCGGAACCUAUGGGACGUGACCUAUGUCACCAACGUGGCAGAUGCACACGUCCUUGCCGCCGAGAACUUGUUGACGACACGAACGGCAGCCGGUGAGGCCUUCUUCAUUCAGAAUAACGAACCCAUCACCUUUCGCGACUUUUGUCUUGCCAUUUGGGCUCAUUUCGGUUACACCCCACCCUUUCAGAUUCGCAUCCCGCAGGUGCUGGCGUACCUCGUUGGGCUGGUGCUUGAGUUCCUAACAUGGAUAUUCGGCACGACGACCACCAUCAGCCGCGGAAGCGUCUGGGAUGCGUGUGCUGUUCGAUAUGCCAGCGGCGAAAAGGCAAAGGCGAUUCUGGGGUUUGAGCCUCGGGUGAACAUUGACGAUGGGAUUCGGCUCAGCUGCGAAGAUUAUGCUCGUCGCUUGGGAGUUGAGCUGCCGGCCAGCGCUUCAUACAAGAAGAAAAUCUGA